GGCGCGACCCCGACCCCGGAGACCCCCGCCCCGCCGACGCGGGAAACCUGCUACUUCCUCAACGCCACCAUCCUGUUCCUGUUCCGGGAGCUGCGGGACACCGCGCUGGCCCGCCGCUGGGUCACCAAGAAAAUCAAGGUGGAGUUCGAGGAGCUGCUGCAGACCAAGACGGCCGGCCGCCUGCUGGAGGGGCUGAGCCUGCGGGACGUGUUCCUGGGCGAGGCCGUGCCCUUCAUCAAGACCAUCCGCCUCCUCCGGCCCGUGGUGCCCUCGGCCUCUGGAGAGCCCGACGGCGCCGGCCCCGAGGGCGAGGCGCUGCCCGCCACCUCCCCCGAGGAGCUGGCCUUUGAGGCGGAGGUGGAGUACCACGGGGGGUUCCACCUGGCCAUCGACGUGGACCUGGUCUUCGGCAAGUCCGCCUACCUGUUCGUGAAGCUGUCCCGAGUGGUGGGGAGGCUGCGCUUCGUCCUCACCCGCGUGCCGUUCACCCACUGGUUCUUCUCCUUCGUGGAGGACCCGCUGAUCGACUUCGAGGUGCGCUCCCAGUUUGAAGGGCGGCCCAUGCCGCAGCUGACCUCCAUCAUCGUCAACCAGCUCAAGAAAGUCAUCAAGCGCAAGCACACCCUCCCGAGUUACAAGAUCAGGUUUAAGCCGUUUUUUCCAUUCCAAACCUUGCAAGGAUUUGAAGAAGAUGAAGAAGAGCAUAUUCAUAUACAACAGUGGGCACUGACUGAAGGCCGUCUUAAAGUUACAUUGUUAGAAUGUAGCAGAUUACUCAUUUUUGGAUCCUAUGACAGAGAGGCAAAUAUUCAUUGCACACUUGAGUUGAGCAGUGGUGUUUGGGAAGAAAAACAAAGGAGUUCUAUUAAGACGGUUGAAUUAAUUAAGGGGAAUUUACAAAGUGUCGGACUUACACUUCGCCUUGUCCAGUCAACUGAAGGGUACGCUGGGCAUGUGAUCAUUGAGACUGUGGCCCCCAACUCGCCUGCUGCAAUUGCUGAUCUUCAGCGAGGAGAUCGACUGAUUGCAAUUGGAGGUGUGAAAAUCACAUCUACACUGCAGGUGUUGAAGCUCAUCAAACAGGCUGGGGACCGAGUCCUGGUGUAUUAUGAGAGGCCUGUUGGCCAGAGUAAUCAGAGUGCAGUUCUGCAAGAUAAUUUUGGACAGUUGGAAGAAAACUUUCUGUCAAGCUCAUGCCAACCAAAUUAUGAAGAGGAAACUGGGUUGGCAGUAGACACUGAAAAUAGAGACCUGGAUUUGGAAUUUGAAGAUUUGGCAAGUGAUGUCAGGGCACAAAAUGAGUUCAAAGAUGAGGCGCAGUCAGCAAGUCAUAGUCCCAAACGUACUCCAACAACACCUUCAGUUAGACCCCUUGGAACGAUAUCACCAGUUUUAAACCGUAAAUUAGUUACAGGAAGUCACCCACCACCACCACCCAAACUUCUAUCCAAAGAAGGAAACAAAUCCUUAGCCCUAAAACCUUCUGAGACAACAGACCCAGCACAAGUGUCAAAACCCACCCAAGCAUCCACUUUCAAACCACCUGUGCCACCACGACCGCAAAUGAAAGUUCCUUUGCCUUCUGCUGAUGCCCCAGGUCAGGCGGAGCCAGAUGGUCUUGUUGAAAAGCCAGAAAAGCUGCUGCCUCCUCCUCCUGCAGAUAAACCUGCUGAAAAGCAAGCAAAGAACACGGAUCACGUGGAGGACGCAGCUGCAUCUAAGCAGUCUUUAGCAAAGCAGGAAGCAGGGAAGGACUGGACUUCAGAAAGCCCCUGCCCUCCUAAGGACAGUUCGGAUGACCCGCAAACGUGGGAAUCUUCAGAAAUCCCCUAUCGUAAUAAGCUAGGAAAAUGGACAAGAGCCAGAGCAACCUGUUUCUUUGACAUAGAAGCCUGCCACCGGUACUUAAACAUUGCCCUGUGGUGCAGGGAUCCUUUCAAGUUGGGGGGGCUCAUCUGUUUGGGGCAUGUUAGCCUAAAGCUUGAAGAGGUGGCUUUAGGAUGCCUAACUACAUCAAACAUGGAGUACCUUUCAAAGUUCAGACUGGAAGCCCCGUCACCGAAGGCCAUGGUCACGAGAACCGCACUCCGCAACCUGAGUAUGCAAAAGGGAUUCAAUGACAAAUUUUGCUUUGGUGACAUUACUAUUCACUUCAAGUAUUUGAAAGAAGGAGAAAUGGACCACCAUAUAGUUAGUAACUUGGAGAAAGAAAAAGAAUUUCAUUUGGUCGAAGAAGUCUCUGCCUUACCCAAAGAGGAGCACUUCGUUGGACAGAUGGGUUUAACAGAAAAUAAGCAUAGUUUCCAGGAUACUCAGUUCCAGAACCCAACUUGGUGUGAUUACUGCAAGAAAAAAGUGUGGACUAAAGCCGCUUCCCAGUGUAUGAUCUGUGCCUAUGUUUGCCAUAAAAAAUGCCAGGAAAAGUGUUUAGCCGAGAUUCCUCUCUGUGGAGCAACUGAGAGGCGGAUAGACCGGACCCUGAAAAACCUCAGGCUGGAAGGACAGGAAACCCUCCUGGGCCUGCCUGCUCGUACUGAUGCCGAAGCUAGCAAGUCAGUCAAUAAAACGACAGGCCUGACAAGGCACAUUAUCAAUACUAGCUCUCGUUUGUUAAAUUUGCGUCAAGUCUCUAAAACUCGCCUUUCUGAACCAGGAACUGAUCUAGUAGAACCUUCACCAAAACACACACCCAACACAUCAGACAAUGAAGGCAGUGACACAGAGGUGUGUGGUCCAAACAGUCCUUCUAAACGGGGAAACAACACAGGAAUAAAGUUAGUGAGAAAGGAGGGUGGCCUGGAUGACAGCGUCUUCAUUGCAGUUAAAGAAAUCGGCCGUGACCUGUACAGGGGCUUGCCCACAGAGGAGAGGAUCCAGAAACUGGAGUUCAUGCUGGAUAAGCUGCAGAAUGAAAUUGAUCAGGAGUUGGAACAUAACAAUUCCCUUCUUAGAGAAGAAAAAGAGACGACUGAUACAAGGAAAAAAUCACUUCUUUCUGCUGCUUUGGGUAAGUCAGGUGAAAGACUACAAGCUCUGACACUUCUUAUGAUCCACUACAGAGCAGGCAUUGAAGAUAUCGAAUCUUUAGAAAGUCUGUCCUUAGACCAGCACUCUAAAAAAAUAAGCAAGUACACAGAUGACACAGAAGAAGAGUUUGAUAAUGAAAUAACCCAACUAAUAGACUCUCAGCCAUUCAGCAGCAUUUCAGAUGACUUAUUUGGCCCAUCUGAAUCUGUGUGACAGUCUAUUUAAACUUCCAAGUGAUUGGGGGAAAGUUGCAUCUCAAGUACCACAGAUAUAACCACAUUUAAACCCUCUUAUAACGCACUGGCCUGCUUCUCCAGUUAUUUGCUUGUGUUAAAGAGCAAGAAUGAAAAGGUUGUUCCAGCAAAAACAUGACCAGCUCACUAAAUUGGUUGUUUCAGAUUGCAUUUAUAGCUAUGCCUUUUGGGUUUAUACUUGGAAUUUAUUUUUACUAAUUUAUUUUUAACUUUUUCUAAUUAUGGAAUUAUGUAAGCUGAUGUUUCAUAUUUAUGUAUGUUGAUGUCUCAUGCUAUUUUCCUUCCUCUUUUUUGAAUUAGUGUUAAAUAGGAUACUGUCCAGAUUGUUGUAAUAUUUUUAUUUCUAUCACGGUUAUAAAGAUUGCUGCAUGCCGAAUUGACAGCAGCAAUCGUUGAGGGAACAGGUUUUGAAUCUUACUUUGUGUUAUGAAGUUUGUCAUCCUACUUGCUUGAGAUUUUUAUUAUUUUGGGGCUUGGGGGUGCUUUUUGUUUUGUUUUUGCCAAAUACAACAUGAAAGCAGAUACUGUGGCUUUAGUCAGUUAUGCUGAUUUAGUAAAAAAAAUUUCACAUAUAUUGCUUGCUUUCUAUGCCUCUGAAAUUUUUUUCUAAAGUUUCUGUGAGUUGAAGUAUAGUAAGAAUAUAGUGAAUGAAUAACUUGAAGAGCUUGCACUGAAAAACAAAAUGUAACAAGGAGUAAAUAUAGGAUGUAGUUGAAAAAGAAUUUUGUAGAGAUAACAAGAUUACUAAAAAACAGCAACCAGUAGGAUUUUGAAAUAUAAUCUUUCAAAAUGUUGCUUUCCUUUUCAAUGGAAGUUCUAAACAUUUAUGAUUAUUUUUCAUCUUCCGUUCUCCCAUAGAAAUAAAGCAUGUGCAAGGACACAAAGUUUCAGAGGACUGUUCUUAAAAUGACCGGGUUGAUACUGGUUUGGGCUGUUUGUGUUUUAGAAAUGUUUUCAUGCAGGAAACUGUUGUGAAAGAAUCAUGCAAAAUAGAUUUAUUGCUUUGUCGGACAUCUUACUGGCUUAAAGGAAUGGUGAUUGUUCUGAAUGUUUCUGUAGUUCAGACUAUCUUCAUUCAUUAAAAAAAGGAAAAUUAACUAAAUAGACAGUAUACGUAGGAAUUGGGACCCGUUCUCUGAAAAUGAAGAUCUACUCUGAUUUUUGGUCCAUCCUGUGGAUUCCAGUAACACGUGGCUGAGGGAAAACGUGAGCCUGACCUCUGUUGGUAUUCCAUGAAAGUUUUGGCCUUCCAUAUGCCUAUAAAAAGAUACGCAUGUGUUUUCCCUUUUGUAGGUAACUACUAUGAUCAUUGAUAUAUAGUAAAACUGACGUGAAUUUAAAACUAGAUGGGACGGCUUGUAUGGCUGGCAGAAAAAGGCAUAGUGUGAUACGAGAGUGAAAGUUCCAGCUCUUCACUGGCUGUGAAUGAACUGUAUGACCAUCAGCAGGCCACUAAACGGCCCUGUGUCGCAGUCUCCCCAGCUCCCAAGUAGGAAUACUCAAGAUUUACUCUUCCUCACAGGAUUGUUGUGAGGGAAGCAACAGCAUAACUAAGUGCUCUGAACAGUAAAAAGCUAUUCAAAUAAAAGGUAUGACUUAUAUGGGCGAUAAAAACAUUUUUGAGGGUAGAAAAUUUACUCCACUUUAAAAAUGAAUAGCCAAUUCUCAUUUCUGCUAUUAAAUGAAAUAUUAGGAAACAGUACUUCCUUGGCCAAGUUAAUAGCAAAAAUAUAGCUGUGUAUACCCUGUUUGUUUAAGCAUGCUUGCAUUUUAAAAGAACCCUGCUAUAGAAGUCUGUAUACACAAAAUUCUCUGAAAGCUAAAAUGUUGUUCUGUAACAUACACUUGAAACAAUCUGCCCAGUGUAAUAACCAGCUUUCAUCUAUAAAACAUAACUUACCAUUGAUAACCUGGAAGGUGGAAUGUCUGAGUGGCUGGUGUUUAUGGAUCGUACAUGGAAGUUCUAGUGACAUCCAAGCAUGCUGCUGAACCUGACGCUUUUCAAAGAGCCUCAGAGUAAUUAAUGCAAAGCUUUGGUUUCAUAAAAAUCGACUUGUACUUCAAAGAUACUUAAAUCUGUAGAGCCACAGUUACGGAAAGCUCAGUAAUGCUACUCAUGAUAUUUGUAAAAUAUACCUUUACUGUAGUGCAAUAUUUUAUAUAUACAGUGGGAGAAGCAGUAGAGGCAUCACAGUUGUACUUUAGUGCAAGGGGAACGCCCCAAAUAGCCUAAGGGAGAGGAAGGUACAAGGCUUCAGUGAAAACAGUUGUAUUAUAUUAAACUCCUGAUGUAAUCUUGCUGCCAUGCUAUGUUAUCAAUAGCUAAAAAAUAAUAAAUAAAAACUACCACGGAAAACAA